GACAACGUAUAUCACAGGUUCGUUAGACCGGUCGCCAACACGACAGCAAAGGUGGGCUUAAGUCUCAUCUCCAUCAACGAUUUGAAUAUGAUAGAUCAGAGCAUGUCUGUGAUUGGAUGGCUGACGUUGGAAUGGAAUGAUCAACGGCUGAGGUGGACAAAAGCGCAUUACGAUGACGUAGACCACAUUUACGCGACUGAUAGUGAGGUCUGGAAACCCGAACUGUUCAUUGAUAAUUCUGUUGAAGACGUGUCGAUACUACAAGAUGACAAUCUGUUAUUCCGUGUGUCUGAGACUGGCAGGGUAGACUGGGGUAUACCGCGGAUCUUCGUCACUACCUGUACUAUCGAUACCACCUUCUACCCAUUUGAUACCCAGGAAUGUGUCAUCGACGUCACCAGUUGGGCCCACACAAAAGACGAACUGGAACUCUUACAUCUGAGAGAGCAUGUCGACGUCGAGGAUGUUGCUGAAAAUGGCGAAUGGCUGUACGUAACCUCUAGAGUGGAGAGUUCCGUAAUUACGGAAACGGUAGCCAAUAGAAUGAAAAGGUACUCACUCCUCAGGUUCGUCAUUGUCCUCACCCGUCGAUGCGAGUACUACGUCACUAACGUUAUACUCCCAGUACUUAUUACGUCAUUUCUAAUCAUCCUCGUCUUCAUACUUCCGGUGGACUCCGGUGAGAAGGUGUCGUACAGGUCUGACAGUGUUACUUGGCCUCUGGCUGUACUCCUGACUAUGAUAGCAGACAGUAUGCCUAGCACAUCAAACUACGUGUCGAUUUUGUCCGUGUACCUGGCCUACACUCUGAUUAUGGGAGUGCUUGCAGUGGGACUGAGUGUGCUGAUCACCCGAAUCCACUCUCAGGACCCCGAUAAACCCGUGCCUGUCUGGCUACAUAAGAUUACACGGAGGCUUUUUGCGAGAGGAGCUUGCUGGAAAGGUUAUUACUGUUGCUGGAACAAGAAAGAACCCCCAAGUACAAUAUCGCAUAGAACAAAUGGACAACGGAGAGAUUACCCGAUGUAUUCCCUGGCCAGAGAUCGCUAAAAUAUUUGACUGGUUCCUGUUUGUCAUGUUCCUAUGGUCAACAAGUAUAAUAACAUUAGUCUUUAUGGUAAUGCUAAAGAUCGGCAGUACUUCAUACUAGUUUUAAUGAUAUUUCUAUUGGACGGAAGUAGAACUGAUAUGACACGACUUGGGGGACAGCAAAACUUUGGAGACAACAUGUUUGAGAAGACAACAUGACUUGGGAGACAACAAGGCUUAGGAGACAUCAAGACUAGCUAGGAAGACAACAAGACUGGGGAGACAACAUGACUAGCAAGGGAGACAACAAGACUAGGGAGAAAACAUGACUAGCUAGGGAGACAGCAAGACUGGGGAGACAACAUGACUAGCUAGGGAGACAGCAAGACUAGCUAGUGAGACAACAUGACUAGAUAGGAAGACAACAAGACUUUGGAGACAACAUGACUAGCUUGGGAGACAACAAGACUUGGGAGACAACAUGACUAGCUAGGGAGAUAACAUGACUUGGGAGACAACAAGGCUUUGGAGAUAACAUGACUAGCUAGGGAGACAACAUGACUUGGGAGACAACAUGACUAGCUAGGGAGACAACAUGACUUGGGAGACAACAUGACUAGCUAGGGAGACAACAUAACUUGGGAGACAACAUGACUAGCUAGGGAGACAACAAGACUGGGGAGACAACAUGUUUAGGGAGACAAGACAAUAUGAUUAUGAAGAAGACAUGACUAUGGAAACAACAAGACUAGGGAGACAUCAUGGCAAUUCUACAGAGUAGAAAUGAAAACAAUAAGACAAUUGAAAGGGAGCCAAGUCUAAGGAUAUUUUUCGAGGUAUAUACCUGGGGUAUUCCGUUAUAUCCAAUUGAGUCAUUAACUUGGAUACUUUCUGAAGAUGAUAAUACAGAUUUGACGUAUCUCAGAUAUAAAGUUCGAGUAGGAAGAGUAUUUUAGUCAACUUAACGCAAAGUUUGGUACGAUUAGCAUAAGUAAUGGUAAGAACAGAAGUUUGAAGGGUGUUUUAUUUUCAAGAGGAUAACGAAAAGGAAAAGGACAAAAAAAAAAAAAAAAAAACACGACACUAUCUGGAUGUGACAAGAAUCUGAACUUCUAUAUUUAGUGACCAGGUGUAGAAAUAUUUACAGUUUACGGUUCGUUUUAGUUGAAAAAUAGAAUCAGAAAAUGUGUCGAGGGAGAUAACUCAUGCAUGUGAUCCUCGCUGUGAUUAGGCUUGUUUGAACUGUUCUACAGUAUAUAUAGAACAUUACUUCUAAGUAUACAAAAUCAUUUCUUUCAUUAAAAUAUUGAUUUACAAUUGUGA